AUGGGUCGCGAACUCCAGAAAAAGAAGAACAAGUCUUCCAUCCCCCGGAAGCGCCAGAAUGGUCCCUCCAAGAAGAAGAUUCUGCAGAAUCCCAUCAUCGCAAAGCACUGGAACCAGAAAGAAACCCUCGCACAAAACUACCGCCGUCUCGGCCUAACAGCGCGCCUCAACCACGCAACCGGUGGCACAGAAAAGACCAUCGCCCUCCUCGGCCUCAACGACGAGAAAUCCUCGCGCGCAGACACCGCCGCAAACAGCACAGCCGACGCCCUGAACAUUGUCUCCAAAGCGAAGAAGCCCGAGAACAUCCCCACCGAGGAGAUUGAAGUCGAGCGCGACCCUGAAACGGGUGCCAUUCUCCGCGUAACAGGCACAUUUGCAUCCGAGAAGAGGGACAACCCCUUGAACGACCCGCUCAACGACAUCGAGGACGACAAUGAGGGAGAAGAGUGGAACGGCUUUGCCAUGGUACCGGAGCGACCGGACGAGGCGCAGAACCCAGUCAUCAAGGAGCUGGAGGAGGCGGCCUUGAACGGGGCCAAGAAGGCGCCGAGGGGUCAGAGUCAGAGGGAGCAGGAGUGGGUGGAGAGGUUAGUCAGUAAAUACGGAGAAGACUAUGCCAAGAUGGCGAGGGAUCGCAAGCUCAAUCCCAUGCAGCAGACUGCCGCUGAUAUCAGAAAGAGGGUGCAGAAAUGGCAAAAGCAGCAGGGGAAGCCUUGGACUGGAGCCUAG